CCCCGUCAUGAUCGUGAAAGUUUAUAUAGUUUUAAUCUCAAACCACUCGCUGGCGCUUUCUAGAAUAACUCAAUGGAUGGUCAAAUCGAAUACCAUAUAGCCUUCAGUGAGGUUCCAGGGGGCGAGAAACGGGACAAUAACUUAAUACCUCAUAUAUAAAUCGGCAGAAUGGCAUGAAUAUACCAGCACUGCAGGUCAAGUUAUGACUGGCAAGAAGUCACUUAGCAUAGAGCUCACUGAAUUUGUGCCUGAAGCCUUACCGUACGAUGGGUGGAAAACAAGAGCAGCUCUUCCGGACGACCAUGAAUCACUGAAUGAAAAGGUUUCUCAGAAGCCUGUGAUAGUACCUGUUGCUGGAGCACCAGAUGGAGGAUUGACCGCGUGGCUGGUCGUUCUUGCUGUCAAUUUAGUUUUAUUUUCUACGAUUGGGUUGGCAAAUGCAUGGGGUGUUUUCCAAGCGUAUUAUGAAGAAAAUCUACUAAGUCACACCGCUCCUUCGACUAUAGCGUGGAUCGGUUCUACGCAGUACGCGCUCAUGUAUCUUCCAGCGCUUGCGGCAGGACGACUGUUUGAUCUAGGAUACUUCAAGAUACCGUGCUUCGCCGCUAGCUGCAUUUUCGUUGCGUGCACCUUCAUAACCGCGGAAUGCACUCAAUACUGGCAGUUCUUUCUUGUGCAAGGUCUUGGCUUGGGAGCGUCCGGCGGUGUCAUAUUUGGUCCCGCAAUUGUUGUCAUCUCGCAUUGGUUCGACAAGAGACGCGGCCUCGCUUUGUCGCUCGCCGCCAUGGGGGCUUCGAUUGGCAGCACCGUGUUUCCUGCAGCGGCGCAAAAAUUGAUUCCAUCAGUCGGAUUUAAAUGGUCGAUGCGUGUAUUUGGAUGUAUUUUGGCUGCUACCCUGGGGAUAGCCAACAUAUUAAUGAAACGGCGACUUCGACCCGCCAAUGUUAGUGGGGGACUCUUCAAUCUCAAAGCAUUCCGCAACAAAGCAUAUGCCGUCUUUUGCAUUUCAGGAAUAAUGGCAUUUUUAGGCCUUUAUACAGAGCUAACAUACAUCUCUGUGAGCGCCGUAGCAAUCGGGGUCUCCAAGAAUAUUUCAUUCUAUAUUCUCGCGAUCGCGAAUGCAUCAUCUACAUUUGGUCGUGUGUCGGCUGGCCUAAUAGCUGAUAGAGUCGGCCCACUCAACACCAUGGCAGCUUUCACCGCUGUAGCGGGAAUUACAACAGUUGCCUGGCCAUUUGCUAAAAAUGAAUCCCAGCUCAUUGUAAUAACCGUCAUCAAUGGGUUCUCCGCAGGGGGAUAUGUAGCUCUCUUUACUGCGCCUGCCGUGGCAAUGGGAGAGAUCGAAGACUGCCGGGCGCCGAGUCCUCCAAUAUCAGGCGCCAUCAGAACCGCAUCAGAAGGGUUUGUUGACGCAGGAUACUAUGCAGUGAAAUGGAUCAACAGCUCCGGUAUUUCCGUUGCAGAAGAGAUUAUGGAUAUGACAUAUGGGCGCUGCGAACUACGAGUCACUUCUUGGUACAACUGCCUACUCUCUCCUAGACAGAUCAUAGACGGCUUCGACGACUGGCUUUUCUAA